AUGUAUUCUGAUCGAUUUAUAUUACGUAUUUAUCAUGAUAAUACAAUAAAUGCAACAGAUACUAUUUGUUCAAUUAAAUGUGAGCAUUCAAAUGUUGAUUUUUGUAAUAUGGAACAUAAAAUAUUUAUACCACCAAAAAUCUGGCGUUUUAUAGCAGCUGAUGAUCCAUUAGUUGAUAUUAUAUUAAGUCGUGAUCUUGAUUCAGCGUUAACAAAACGAGAGCAUGAAGUUGUUGAUACAUGGCUCGCUAGGAAUAAAUCAUUUCAUGCUAUACGUGAACACCCUAAACGUAAUUUUCGUAUGAUCGGUGGUAUGUGA